AUGCCGAAGCACUUCGGACAUCACCUUCGCGAGAUGCGGAAUCAUCACAGGCAGGUUUCGGGCAGUUCAAUCUAUCCCGAGAGCAUUCAGGAGAUCAGGAGGUCGCUUUACUGGAUCUUAGAGGAGCCAGAUGCCAGCUCUGACGUCCCGAGAGUCUUGACCAUAGGGGUGGCCGGCCUCAACGUGAUGCUGAUCCUGUUGUCCCUUGUGAGCCUAGUCAUGGAGACCACGCCGGCGUUCCGUACGACCACCUCUGUGGAAAUGUGGCACAGCGUUGAGAUCGUCACGACGGGUUGUUUCACCUUGGGAUAUGUCUUGCGAUUGUGGGUUUGCGACGUCUUCGGAGCCUCUGCCGUCGAUUGGUUCUUCAAACCGCUGAACCUCUGCGACCUCUUAGCCAUUCUGCCUGUUUAUGCGCAGAUCAUCGUCCGGCAAGGAGACCUGGACUUCCUCCGCGUCCUGCGGGUGGUGCGGCUUUUCAAGAUCGGCCACUACUCGCAAGGCGUCCGCAUGAUGAAUGCCGCGCUGUUUAACAGCCUGUCGGCGCUCUACGUCCUCAUCUUCCUCUUCGUGAUCGGUUUGGUGACUUUUGCCUCUGCCAUCUACUUUACGGAGAAGCUUGCUUGUCCAGAUUUCGCGUUGGCCAACCUCACGCAGUUUCAGGACUACAAUGCGGAGUGUGAAGACUCUCGGCUCGGGGUCGUCAGCUUCGGGCCCUGCUGUGCAUACAUGUGUGACAACAUGCCAACAGCUGCCGGCCCCUUCCCACUUUGCCAGGGUACAUGGUUGGGGGCGACCACGGCGGCCGGAUCCGAAUGGAAGGUGGAGGCCAUGCACGAUUUGGACAUUGACUCGGUUCUUACAGGCAUGUGGUGGGCUGCAGUGACCAUGACCACCGUGGGAUAUGGCGACAUCCACGUGAAGCACUGGACCUCGAAGCUGAUUGCCAGCGUCACGAUGGUCACCGGCAUGUUGAUCAUCGCCAUGCCCUUUGCCAUCGUCGGGACCAAGUUCAGUGAAGCCGCUGGAAACACCGUCACCGAGCUGGACAUGGACGACGAGGGCAGCGAGGGCGAGCGGCUGACGCAGGUGCCGAGCAACGCAAGCCAGGGCCCCCGCAGCCCGAGCGGCCCUCAGGGCCCUCAGGGCCCAAGCGGCCCCGAGAGCACGAGGACGGACUUGGUUAAGCAAGGCAGCACGAAGUCGCUGGCGGAGAUGGAGAUCCUGCUGGAGACGCUCCGCAGUGAGGUGGAAGAUGCCGUGGCCUUGAAGAAGGAGAUCCUGCAGCUCCAGACCUUGCGGGACAACUUGUGGACUUCCGUGGAGCACGCCUUGGCAAGGCUGGCUUUUGAGGGCAUCAUUAGCCUGAACGCCCUGAUGGUGGAUGGCCCCUGGUUCCAUGCGGUCUCAGCACAGCGGAGGGCGAAGACCACGGUGCUCAGCCCCUUCUGUGUGAAGUCGCUGGGCUUCAUCCAUAGGGACUGGCUCAUUCGCCGUGCUGCAAUCGACAUUACCUCCUCGUGGAUUUUCGAAUCCUUCAUCCUCCUUUUAAUCGUUGCAAACAGCUUUGUCCUGGCGGUGCAGAACUACUACUACGAUCAGGAGAACUACUGGGGUAACAUCCUCCAAAGAGACACCGAGCUUGCUUUCACAAUUUUUUUUACGGUCGAAUGUGCCAUGAAGAUCGUGGCCUUUGGCUUCGUUGCCCACUCGCGUGCCUAUCUGCGGGAUCCCUGGAAUUGGGUCGACUUUACCGUGGUCGUGGUGGGCCUGCUCGGGGCCAUGCAGGUAGAGGCAUUUUCCUUCUUGAAGCCCGCGCGUGUGCUUCGCCCUCUCCGAUCGCUCUCAGCUGUGCCAGGGAUCCGGCAUCUCUUCCGCACGAUCAUCCUCUCCCUCCCUGGGCUCAAGGACGUGGUGCUUCUCGCCGUGUUCCUCCUGGUGAUGUUUGGUGUCCUCGGGCUUCAUUUCUGGAGCGGACUCUUGCACCGAAGCUGCCGACUCACGGCCCAGCCACUCCACUUCAGCGCUCAGGCUGCUUCAGGAACCUGCAAGGGCUGGUGCUUUGACGAUGCCUCCCUGGUCAGUGUGUCCAAUUCCAUGAUCAACUCCUCCUUGGUCUUUGAAGCGUACUGCCGCCCAAACUCGCACUGCUUGAAUGCCUGGAGGUCGGGUCAGGACUACUACCUCUGGCCGCUGGAUGCAGAGCAGGAGAGGUUCUGCGGAGAGCACGCCUGUGAACGCUACCCCUUUAGUUCCGAGGUCGACCCCGUGUUGCAACUGCUGGGCUCCGUUCAAGGUAACGAGGUGCUGACCUUCUGCGGCUCCCCCUUAGCCAGCGACCAAGAGUUUGGGCCGGAAGUCGUGAACCCAGAGCUUGCGGGCGUGAACCUCAACAACUGGGACCAAGAGGUGACCGGGGAAGGUCGGAAUUGGGGGCUCACACAUUUCGACAACGUGGCGGCCGCCUUCCUGGUCGUCUUCCAGAGCGUGACGCUGGAGGGGUGGUCCGACAUCAUGGGCAUGGUCCAGGAUGCCCAGUCCACCGUGGCGGGCUUCGUCUACUUCCUGCUGCUGAUCGUCUUGGGGGCCUUCUUCCUGGUGAACGUGAUCUUGGCCAUCAUCUGGGAUGUCUUCCUGAGUGUUAGGGAGAGGCAGCUGCAAGAGCAGGAGGAGGAGGAAGCGGAGGCCGAGAGGGCGAUUUCCGAGGAUCUGCAGCUCAGCGCUUUGCAGGACCCCAGCCGUGGCAUCACCGCCCUGGACCGCUGGACGUGCAAGGAUGUCCUGAGGCACCUCUUUGUGACGCGGAAUCUCAUCGACCCGGAGGAAGUGCUGCAAGAGGAGAGCGGCUGGAAACUGGUGAGAUGGUCCCGCAUCCUGGCGACCAACGCCGUCUUCAACGCUGGCGUCAUGUCCAUGAUUCUGAUCAACGUCCUGGUGCUUGCCAUGGAUCGAUAUCCAGAGCACCUGGUUGAGUCAUCUGUCGGUGAUGUGCUCAACUACGUGUUCAACAUCGUGUUCCUGCUGGAGUGCGUCAUCCUGCACCUGGCGCUCGGUCCCUUGGUCUACUGGCAAGACAAUGCCAUGGCCUUCGAUGGAGUCAUCGUCAUCCUCUCCGUGGUGGACAUUCUAAAUGACCUGGGAUCCGGUGCAGAAAGUGGUGGCUCCGCGAUCACCGCUUUGAGAGCUUUCCGAAUGCUCCGAAUCUUCAAGUUGGCCAAGAAGUUCCCCAGCAUGAAGAUCCUCCUGAGUGCCGGCGUGAAGACCCUGAUGAGCAUGGGAGAUUUCGUCGCGCUGCUCUUCCUGAUCCUCUGCGUCUUCGCGCUGAUGGCGCAGAGCUUCUUCGGGGGAACCUUCAUGUUUGACCCAGACACGGGCAGCUUGGUGCCCCAAGAUGAGUAUCGAAGUCGCUGCCCCAUGGGUGAUGGAGACAAGCCAGUGUGUGUUCCCAGGGCGCACUUCGACACCUUCCUGUGGAGUUUCAUCACCAUCUUCCAGAUCCUCACAGGUGAGAACUGGAAUACCGUGAUGUACGACGGGAUGCGGGCCACCGGCUGGAUGGCGAUCUGGUUUUUCCUCCUGGUGGUCAUCUUCGGGAACUUCGUGAUCCUGAACCUCUUCUUGGCCAUCUUGAUGAGCAACUUUGAUGAGCAGCGCUCAAAGCUGCAUGCGGCCAUGGCCAGCAAGCGGGAGCUCCUCAGGGCCCUUGAGACAGACUCAGAGGAGGCGGCCAUCGUCCCAGGAGAGAACCUUCAAGACUCUCCAGAAGCCCCGCGCCGUGCAUGGGAAGAGAACCCUGAGCUCCCAGGGAGGCUGCAGCUGUCGGAUGAGCCAGAGCCCAGGCCAGCCCAAGCAAUCUCCGUGGUGCCAGCGCCAGCACAGAGCGGAAGUGCAGCACCACCGACACCCCGCCGAAGCCGGCGCGCCACCACAAAGCGAACACGGAUGUCUUUGUCGGCCUUGACCUCGCGGCUGGACUGGCAUGACCAAGAGAUCGCAUGUGCAACGCUCUGCGGCACAAGGUCGUGCCUGUUCUUCGCCCGGGAUACCGGGCUUCGCAAAGCCUGCCUGUCUUUGACAAAGCAUCGUCACUUUGACCAAGUGAUCAUGUUCUUCAUCGUCCUGUCCUCCAUCCUCAUGGCCUUUGAGAACCCGCUGCUCGAUCCUAGCAGCUUGCAGGUGCGGGUGCUGGAGGUCUUGAGCACGAUCUUCACAUGCAUCUUUGCCUUCGAGCUGGUGGUCAAGAUGAUCGCCCUAGGCGUGGUCUGCUCUGACCCCGAAGGGCGGUCGAAGGCUUAUCUGCGAUCCUUUGAGAAUGCUCUGGACUUCGUGAUCGUCAUCGUGUCUGUGUUGGAUGCCAUCCAGACUUGGUUCCUCCGAGGGACGAGUGGUGGCGUUAUAGCGGUGAUGAAGAUCUUCCGUGUGGUCAGGAUGUUGCGGCCCCUGCGUCUCAUCUCGAGGAACAAGAACCUCAAGGUCGUGGUUAAGACAAUCUUGGCCGCCGUGCCGGAACUCCGCAACCUCCUGGUCUUCAGCUCCCUCUUCUUCCUGAUCUUUGGCCUGCUCGCCGUGGGGAAUCUCAAAGGCUCCUACCACUCUUGCAAGGACAAGGACUUGGAGGACCACAGCUUCCAGAGUCUCACCGUGACGCCCCUCUGCGUGGAAGCUGCCCAGGAAGGCAACCUGAGUACUACAGGGUUCUUGGUCCAGCGUCCCGAUGCUGGGUGUGCAUCGGGCUCGGAGUCGUGGCAGCGACCCUCUGCUGACACGCCCAUCUGCGAGGUGCAUUGUGAUGGUGCCAGCCAUGCUCACUGCCAGAACUCGACACAGCCCUGGGGCUACCAUGUGAUGCGCUGCACGGACUGCAGCACAGCCUUCUGCUCUGCACCCGAGGAGUCGGCGCAGCAUGCUGGCUGCGUCCAGUCCUGUGCCCGACACGAGUACUUCUGCAUGCACGCAGCGGCCGGCUCGGAGCGUGCAAUGUGCCUGGAGCAGUGCGUUGCGGCUUGCACGUGCCGCGACCAUUGCUGGGGCCUGAUCCAAGACGCUGCUCUCUGCACAGAGCAAGGGGGGAAAUGGGUGAACAUGAACCAGAACUUCGAUAAUUUGCUUGUCGGCACCAUCUCGCUUUUCGAGAUCAGCACCACAGAAGGUUGGGUGGACGUUAUGUUGGCGGCUGUCGACAGCCGAGGGCCAUACCUCCAGCCCAGGCGGGACGCAAACGAGUUUAUCGGAUCCUUGCUCUUUGUGGCCUUCAUGCUCAUCGGAAGCUUCUUUGUGCUGAAUCUGUGUGUGGGCGUGAUCAUCGACAACUACAACAAGCAGAAGACCGCCAGCGACUCGGGCUACGUCCUUGUGACAGAGACGCAAGCAGCAUGGAUGACCCAGAUGAAGGCCCUCUACCUCCGAAAAAGUUUCUUCACACAAGUGAAUGUGGAUCGGCUCGGCCCAAGUCGACAACAUCGCUUUAGGAUAAUCACCUCAAGCGCCUUUGAGAACUUCAUCAUGGUUUGCAUUGUGAUGCAGCUCGGCGUGCUAAUGAUGGUGUGGCAACCGAGGGAGAGGAAUGGCUCAUGGGAGGUAUUCUUGAGCACCUGUGGCUUCGUGUUCACCAUCAUCUUCCAUGUAGAAUGCUUCUUGAAGAUCAGUGCCCUGCACUGCAAUUACUUCCGGGAGCCCUGGAACGUCUUCGACUUCAUGUGUGUGAUGUCGAGCGACGUGGUUGCCAUUAUUGAGGCGAUUCUCUCGAACAGCACCGUGAACCUGAGUGCCCUGGUGAGCUGUUUGCGCGUCUUCCGCGUGGCUCGGCUCUUCCGCCUGGUGCGGUUCCUCAAGGGCCUGAACAAGCUGCUGCUGGCUUUCGUGUUGUCAGUGCCAAAGCUGCUGAACGUGGGCCUCCUGAUGGUCCUGCUUCUGUAUCUCUACGCAGUGCUGGGUGUGAGCCUCUUUGCCAAAGUGUCCUAUACAGGCACGGGCAUCUACGGCCCUCAGACCAACUUCCGCAGCUUCUUCCAAGCAAUCUCCCUGCUGAUCCGUUCCAUGACGGGCGAGGGCUUCAAUGAGAUCAUGCACGACCUGAGCAAGUCCCAGUUUUACUACGAGAGCAUCUUGGAGAAGAAGUGCUUUGAGCUGGAUCUGGAGAGCCAAGCCUUCGCAGACCUGGACCUGAAUGGGGACGGCUUGGUGGACCAUCCCACGGAGUGCGGCUCGUCCUUGGCCUUCAUCUACUUCAUCUCCUACACCAUCUUCGUGAGCUUCGUGAUCCUGAACCUCUUCAUCGCCGUGAUCUUCGAAGGCUUCGAGGAGAGCCGGGGCAGCGAGCUGAAGGAGGUGAUCAACAAGUGCCUGGAGAACUGGGAGAAGUACGACCCCUUCAACACCAUGCUCGUGGCCCUGCCCAAGGCGCUGGACUUCAUCGAUGAGACGGUGGAGGAGCUCAUGAGCGCGCAGCAGCCCUCCAAGGGCCAGUGCAUCCCGGAGUCCCGCUGGGACUCCCGCAGCACCAUCGACAUGAACGCCUCCGAGGCCAUGUGGUCCAUGUACAACCUGCAGUACGUCCGGACGCUGGGCCUGCAGAUCCGUGCCGACGGCCGCGUGCGACUGGUCCAGGCGGUGCGCGCGGUGCUCCGCCGGCUCCUGAUUGCCGGGGGCCCCUACACGACCUUCCUCCCUCUUCAGGACCGGCGUCAGCGGGUGCGGGAGGUGGAGGUUCUGGAGGCCAUGGUGCGCGGCGAGACCGAUCCGGACAUGGCCGUGGCCGAGAUCCUGGCGCUGGAAGCACGUCAGACCAAGCACAUCCAGGAAGCCUUGGGGGACAGCAGCCUCCUGUCACGGACGUCCCAGGUCCACCAUGCAGUCCGCAGGGAGAAGGAGGUGAAAGACGGGGAGAAUGAGUUUUCAAUGCUGGAGAAGGUGGCCGCUGCAAAGAUCCAGCGCCGGAGCAAGGAGUCCUUCCAGCGGCGGCGCGACCGAGCCCGCGCCGACCAUGUCGACACAGACGCCCGGAGCUUCCACGGGCCCAUCACGCGGGCGGCGGGCUGA